AUGAACAACACUGGCAUCAGCCACUUCGUUCUGGGGUUGAGGCCACCUCACGGCGCGUACCAGGUAGACAUCUACCUGUUGUACUGGAAUCGCAGCGAUCAUCUGAGCGAGCGGCAGAGAAGUGGAGUCCCACUAAAGAACAUCGGCUAUACGGCAGCGGCAGAGUGGGCUCGCGUAGGAAGAGGUGGGAGCAACCGGCAACCUCUAUUCCGUGAAUCAGCGGUAACACAUCGUCCUCAUCACUGGCAGGGUGCUGCGGCUGCAGCUGGCAUGACAGCGCUCAUAAGCACUGCGUUGCUUGCCAUCAUCUUAAGGCGACUGUGA